AUGGGGCUAACACAAAGGAGCUUGACACUGGGCUGCAUGGCCAUCAUCUUGGUCCUUCAGAUGGCCAUGGCAAAGUACCCCAACUGGAUGUUAAACGGCAAAGCCCAGGUAUUCGCAGACCUGAGCGCCCAGGAGAUGGAGGCCGUGCACAGCUUCCUGAUGAGCAGGACAGACCUGGACCUGCACCCAUACGGCACACAGGCUUUAGGCAAGAACUGUGUGUUCCUCAUUGAGAUGCUGCUGCCCAAGAAGAAAGAUGUCCUAGAGUUUCUGGAGAAAGGAGCAAAACCUCCUGUGCGGGAAGCCCGGGUCAUCAUCAUCUUCAGUGCCCAGGAGUAUCCCAAUGUCACCGAAUUUGCUGUAGGGCCGCUGCCACAGCCCGACUACAUGAGAGAACUGUCCCCCGGGCCAAAGAAGGACCUCUCUUGGUCAUCCAGACCCAUGUUCAAAGCAGAGCUAAGACUUGUCUAUCACAAAAUCAAGGAGUUCAUCAAACCCUUAAAGAAGUUUAUUCUUGACAUCACUGGCUACUCACUAGAGGACUGCUAUGGCCGGUGUCUGACCUUCACGCAUAUGAGCCCACGCAGUCCAGAAUCUACCUUUCGGGCGACCUGGUUUGCCUUAAAGCGCAUUGUGAACAACCGGCUGGAGCCCACGGGUCUGGAGAUCGCUGUGGAUCAUGGAAGCCCAGAUGUCCGGAAAUGGUACCUAUUGGACGUCAAAUAUAACAGUGUCCACUACAUGCUCGCAUACAAUCUGGCUCAGCGUUAUGCAGAUGGAUUACUGGACAUAGGGGUUCUCAAGGACCGAUUGCCUGUUAGGAAAAUUCCAAAGCCCCUCAGCAGAACAGGACAAGGCAAUGGUCCCAGAUAGAGCCUUGAAGGUAACGCUGUGAUCUACAAAAGGUGGAGUUUCUCCUUCCAGCUUCGACCCUCUUCCGGGCUGCAGAUACUGAAUGUGCACUUCAGGAAUGAGUCUAUAGCCUAUGAGAUCAGCAUCCAGAGUGUUCUCACUGUGCAAGAACAACACACUGUAUAUAAAGGGGACAUGUUCAAGCCCAUGGAAGUAGGCUGGGACCUGGGCAGUGUGCCUCAUGAGUUAGCCCCUGGCAUCGACUGUCCAGAAUCGGCCACCUUCGUGGACAUCAUCUACUACUAUGACACCGAUGAGCCUGUCCGUCGUCCACGAGCCCUCUGCAUUUUUGAGAUCCCCACAGGGAUGCCUGUUAGCCCCACGUUUAACAUUUCACACAAAACCAAUCUCUCUUCUGGUGGAGUAGGACACAAGAUGGUGCUACGGGCAAAGACAACACAAUACAGUUAUGGUUACAUCUGGGACUUCAUCUUCUAUGAUAGUGGCAUGCUCUCAGCCCAGAUGCAUGUCACAGGUUACGUCCAUACCUUCAUCUAUACCCCUGAAGGACUGAAGGAAAUUCACCUGGUGACUAACCUAGUUGACAAGAAUCAUACCCACCUUGCGCAUUACCGUGUUGACCUGGAUGUGGCAGGCACCAACAACAGCUUCCACACCCUGCAGACCAAACAGAACACUACCACCAACCCCACCCGACCAAGAUACUACCCGGACGCAAUGGAGGAGACUCGGUACUCCCAUGAAAGCCAAGCCACCUUCCCCUUGGAGCAGACUCUGCCUCCAUCCCUGUUCUUCAGCAGCCCCAAAAAGGACAAAUGGGGACGCAGGCGCAGCUACCACUUAAAGAUCGACUCCACAUCUAAGCAAGGGCUGACCCCUAACACCGCGGAGGACCUGGCUUACUCCUGGGCCAGGUACUCUCUGGCAGUGACCAAAUACCGGGAGUCUGAACGGUGCAGCACCAGCCUCUACAACCAGAACCACCUCUGGCAGCCCGUCUUGAUUUUCCAGGACUUCCUUAAAGACAAUGAUAAUAUUGAAGACCAGGAUUUGGUGGCCUGGGUGACGGUGGGCUUCUCACAUGGGCCCCCCACUGCUCCUUAUAUGACCUCACUUAGGCACUCUGUAGGCUUUUUUCUCAUGCCUACCAACUUCUUCACUGUCAAACAUCGAGGCCCAAGGGACACAGACUUAUCAAACACUGAAUCCCUGGAGAAAGGAUCUGCCUGAUGCCCCCGCCUUUCAACUUCAAUAGGACCUACAGCCCUGUGUCA